CACGACAGAAUAUUCGAUAGCAACUUGCAAGUAGCUUAUGGGUGUACAGAAGGGAGAGAAGACCAAAGUGGCAGCAUUGUUUAUAUCCACGUGAUAACGCGUUUUCCGUCUGUGCUUGUUUCGGACGAUCUAAUAAUAAAUCAGACGAAAAAAGCCUUAACUUCGAAUUACCUACAACGACUUCCCCUGAACAUCAUGCCGGCAACAUCAUUCAUGAACAUCUCAGUUGGAAAUACAUACUGAAGCGAACAGAGAAGAAAAAAAUUCCACAGACUCAGAUUCAACAUACCCAAUGGCCCGUCCAAGAGUCUACAAAGUCCGGCCUGGACCCAAACGGAAAACCCUCGCCGAUAUUGAAGCAGGGCCAAUAACAGUAAUACCCGAACCUCAAGCGACUGAAGGCCAAUUCAAAGCUGUGAGGGCGAGUUAUUCCAACAAAAGAAAAUCAGCCAUCAUCAUCUGGCAUUAUACUCAUCAAAUUUCGAGAUACGAUGCUCGUUCGAACACAUAUGUAUUGCGUAAACCCAGGUUUCGCGAUACUUGGACUCAUUUUCAUUCAGAGUUGAAGAGUCAAGGAGUCCCGUUUAGUACGAUGGCGGGAUGGCUGGAUCGUAAGAUGGCGGAUAAGAUUUUGUCUUCUAAGGCCACGGCUCGCACGUAUGUAAUUGUUCUUUUUUCCUUCUUUAUUGAGCACUGGAAAGAGCUGUCGCACUUUACGAAUUCUUAACUUGCACUCUUUUGGUUACAAGAUAAGGAUACAAUAUUCAAGGAGAUGAUUAGAUUUUUCAAGAAGCUUUGUAAACGGAUCUUCUUUAAGAGAACGUGCUAAUGCAACGCAGGUCUGACCCCCCAAGGAAAAAAGCCUCAGGGGGAGUGAUUGAUCAGGAGGCAAAUGAAGAAGAUGAUGAAGAAGACGUAGAAGAUGAAGAAAUGGAGGAACCUCCGUCGGAGGAGGAUCGUGAAGGUUCAACUCCCAUCCCUCAUGGAGAGUCUGAAGAGCCUGUACUUGGAACUCCCUCAGCACCAUCAGCAACAUCGGCACCACCAGCAAUAUCAGCAAUAUCAGCAUCAUCAGCACCAUCAGCGCCAUCCGCAACAUCAGCACCAUCAGCACCAUCAGCGCCAUCAGCAAAAAAGGGUUCUAGAGCUGGUGGUAAUACUAGGAGAUCCUGUAAUAUUUGCAGGGAACGGAAAAUUCGAUGUAACCACACUCCAGGGCACCCAGCUGCUCAGCAAUUUCACAACCACGGAUUUCCAACACCAUAUAUUCAUCCCAUCCAAACCACUCAAACUCAUCCCCGACCUGAAACGAAUAGAACGGUUAAAGGGCCACAGCCACUAAAAAGUUCUCGUCCUGAACCCUUACGAUUACCUUCCAUACAAUACAUGCCUCAGAGACCAUCAAGGAGCGAGGAACAAGGCGUGGGCUCGUUCCAUCAACCAAGACAACCACAACCGUCUCCUUUAGGAUUUGCAGGCCAAGGAAAUGUGCAGGAAUCCGGAUACCUCGCUCAACCUCAACCUCCACCUCCACCGUCCCCCCAAAGUACCCCUAACGGGCACCAAGAAAUGAGGAUAUCUCACCCAGUUCCCGUUCGACAUCCUUCUUCCGUGUCAGAACUAACAAGAGAAUCUUCCCAACGUCCGAGUACAUGUCCACCAGGUCAACCUCAUCCACUGGGAACGCCACCAAAUCACCGAGGGGAACGUACAAACUCUGCAGUACAACCAGAAGCACAGCAACAACAGCCGCCUGAGCUCCACCAACGCUCUCCUUCCUCGAUGACCGAACCAAGUGGGGCAAUUCAAGCUCCGAAUAUCAAUUCUCAGCUGCUACAGCGGUCUAAGGAAGGUCAAGGCGUGACACUUCCCUCUCUCGUAUCCCAAGUUGCUCUCAUUCCACAACGUCUUCAACUUAUGACACAGAAAUCGCCUAUCCAAAGACCAACUUCCCAGCCUCAGAUCAACCGCUCUCAAUGGCCUGUAGUAAGAUCGGGACCAGCAGCAGCAGCGUCAGCAUCACAACCACAAACAGUUCCUGAUGGAAGUCCUCUAAACGAGGCUCAAGGACGGAACUCCCCUCACCCAGCACCACAAUCACGACCACAACCAGGAUCGUCCACAGCAGACACUCCCAUCAACCAACAAAUGGCAAAUAGCCACCUACCACCACCUCAACCAUGGGUUCCACCACCCCCUCGAAUAAUCGAGCAUCUACCCCCAAGAAAGUCAAACCAGGUUCAAAAUUUCCCCCCAAGGCCUCCCCAAAAACUUGCCCCCAAACCACCCCACCCAAUCCCCGGUCGACAAACCACAGCGGAUCUGAAAACCUACCAUGGUUCCUGCCACUGCUCCACAGUAACCUUCGCUGUGACAUGUAAACCGCUUCCUAACCCAACCCACAUCUUCAUCUCCUGUACCUGUAAAACAUGUUCCAUCGUACGUCCCUCUUCUUCCUCCCCAAUCAUAAUCCCCACCGAAACAUCCAGCAUCCAACAUCACUAACCCUUUCAACAAAGUCAAAUACCCUCUUCCUCUCCUCCACCAACCCAUCAGAUUCCUUAUCCGUCACCCUCCUCACCGGAAUCGACUCACUAACCCAUUUCCACGGGCGUUCAUUCUGCAAGAACUGCGGUGUCACACUCUUCUCCCACGCGUCGCCGGAACUGAUCGAACGGAAAUCGCCGAAUUUGAUCAUGUUAAAUGUGAGAUGUUUAUCUGGAUUGGAGAUUGAUGACAAGUUGGUGGUGUGGAAGGAAUGGAAGGAGAAAGGAGCGGUUGGGAAACCUAGCUUUGUGGGGAUGAUCAAUUGACCUCCUUCUCUUUUACAGUACCUAAGACUUGAAUUUUUACUGCGCUAUUGGUUUAGUGGUGGAUUGUUUUGGGAUGUGUAGGGUAUACAUACACAUAUAUAUCUAGUUCUCGGUUGUGGAGGUAGUUUGGGACUGGGUUUGGGGUGUAGAUACAUACAAGAGUACAUAAGAAUAAGGGCCAUCAAUUGCG